AUGAAGGCCUUCAUUGCUUCAGGACUGCUGCUGCUCAUAUUUGGGAUGUGGAGCUGUUCUGGGAUAGAGAAAGUAUCCAUGAAAUGCAAUUACUUUAAACUCCUCGUUAGAGCUAAAAGGGCACUGUUUUAUCCAAAUGAACUGGUUGACCCUGAUGAAUUAUUCCUGGGGCCAGACUGCCCAGUAACUUCCAUGAGACCAGAUGAACUUGAGUUUUAUUAUGAUAUCAGUUCCUGUGGGAUUUUCAUAGAGCAUGCAUUUGAUGGAACUAUUGUCAAUACCUGGCUCACCUAUAAGCCCAAGAAUAUAUCUUUUUCUGCUGAGCUUCAGCUGCAGUGUGUCAUUCGCAGACACUCUUAUGAUGAGGAUCCCUUUAAAGACUCUUUUUAUGACAUUGAUCUAAACUGUUACCUUCUUCCUCAAUGCUGGUACCUCAUACUGAGGAGAUACUGCAGUAUUUGUGGCCAUGUCCACUUCCUAGAAAACUGGUCAAGGCCUUUUCAUGGGUGGAGGAACGACUCCUUUCAAAGACUUUUUCAUCCAGUAUUUCACCAUUGGCUCGACACAGCAACACAACAUUUAAGAAUUUGA